AUGGCUCGGAUGACUCCAGUGGCCAUGCUGCUGCCAGGGCUGCGUGUGGCUCUCCUUCUCGGCGCUGCCAUCAGCAUCGUGCCACUUGCCAGGGAUGCCUGGCGUGAGUCCACAGCCAAGGAUGUGCCAUGCGACAACCAGCAGGUCAACCACCCUCUCAUGCUUCCCUCUGCAUCCCUCCCGCUUGCCAAUGUCAUUGCCACGUCUCAAAAUGUCACGAGCCUACCUCCCACUCAUGCCAAUGCCAUCGCCGCCUUCCUUCAGCAUGGCCACGCUCUCAACUUGCCUCUUCACUCCCUCCACACCCUGCCUCCAGUUUUUGUGCUGUAUUUCGUCAUCGCCACUCUGGUGGUACUCCUCUGGGGGAUGGGCGUGACCCACACGCAAGUCAGAGCAUGGGUGCAUCAGCAGGGCUUGGCUGUGACGGCUGGGCUGAUGCAUCAUGGAAUCUUCCCUCUGCUGCACAGCCUCGUGAAGUGUGCCUGUGUUGGGAUGCAGAGAACAGGCGAGGUCGUUUGGACUGUCAUAGCGAGUAUGGCCGGGACUCACGAGAUGAAAGAGGAGUUGGUGAUGAGCAUGAGGGUGAUUGCCGUGCAUCUAGAGAGGACACGAAUAGCGGACAUGAGGGAGAUGAUAGGGCAGGUGGAGGAGAGAGGGGGAGAGAUGGCAGCAGAAUUGGCAGCAGUGAGGAGGGAACUGGCUAAACAACGGGAUAUAGCUGAGAGGAGAGAAGCAGAUUUGAGAGAGCUGCGGGAGGAGGUGAGGAUGCGAGAGGAUGAGAUGAGAGCGGAGCUGGCAAGGAAGAGGGAGGAGAGGAGGGAGGUGCAGGAGAUGAAUUGGCCACGUGCCAUGGAGGAAUUGGCAGCCUGUAAGGAAUGGCAGACGAUUCAGGACAUGAAGAUGAAUAUCGAGCUGGAAAUCAGGCAGAGUGUGGGCGAUCGGAAGAAAGCACUGGAGGCAAUCAAGGCAGCAUCACAAGAAACCCAUCUGAACCUGAGCGAUCUCACCUGCCUCUCAGACGCCAUCCUCACCCAUGUGUCCACCAUGACUCAUCUGAAAAGCAUUGACUUGAACAAUAGCGCCUUCUCCCUACGGGGGGUUGGUUUCCUCCGGGGAUCUCCUUAA